AGAGAGAGAGAGAGAGAGAGAGAGAGAGAGGGAGAGAGGGAGAGAGGGAGAGAAUCCCAAGCAGGCUCCAUGCCGUCAGUGCAGAGCCAGACACAGAGCUGAUCUCAUGAACCAUGAGAUCAUAACCUGAGCCGAAAUCAAGAGUCGGACGCUUAACUGACUGAGCCACCCAGGUUUCUUGUUGUCUCUGGGGAGCCCCUGGGUUAGAUCUUUCUCCAGACUCCAGCCUGCCUCCCCCCAGCAGCUCUGCUUGGAUUUACAGAUGCCUACCAGGCUUUAGGCUCCUGAGAGAAUAAAGUUUGAGACCUACCAUGACGAUGUCAGCUAAUCAGACCUCUCCCCAUAAAUCCCUGAUCCUGGUUCCAGAGGAAUAUGACAGUUCAUAUGAGGGAUCGGUGUCCUUCAGGGAUGUGGCUGUAGAUUUCAGCAGAGAGGAGUGGCAGCAUCUAGACCUUGCUCAGAGAAACUUGUACCGGGAUGUGAUGUUGGAGACCUACAGUCACCUGCUUUCAGUAGGGUAUGAAGUUCCCCAACCAGAAGUUUUCAUGUUGGAGCAAGGAAAGGAGCCCUGGGCAUUGCAGGGUGAGAGCCCACAUCAGAGCUGUUCAGAAGAAUUGUGGCAGAUUGAUGACCAGACAGAAAGCUAUCAGCAAAGAGAAAACAAAUCUUUAAGAGAUGUUGUUUUCAUCAAGAAAAUACUGACUGCAAAGAAGGAUUAUGAAUAUAAGGACAUUAGAAAAAUAAUCCAUGUGAGCCAAAACAUUCUUUCCCCCAAAAGAGCCCAUCAGUGUGAUUCAUUUGGAAACGCUUUGAAGCAUAAUUUAGAUUUACACAGUCAUUAUAGAAACAGUGCAUCAAAGAACAUGAAUAAGAUUACUGAAUAUGGUAAAAUUUCUUCCUCUACUGACCCUGAGUGUUCUCCAACAGGAGAGAAGUUAUGGGACCAUAAUCAAUGUGGAAAUAUCCUCAGCUAUAAACAAGCACCCUCUCAACAUCAAAAAAUUCAUACUGGGGAGAAAUCUUACGAAUGUGCUGAAUUUGGAAAGAUCUUCACCCAGAAGUCACAGCUCAGGGUACAUAUGAAAGUUCAUACAGGAGAAAAACUCUAUGUGUGCAUUGACUGUGGGAAAGCUUUUGUAAAGAGGCCAGAAUUCAUUAUACAUCAGAGAACCCAUACUAGAGAGAAGCCCUAUAAGUGCAGUGAAUGUGGAAAAGCUUUUUUCCAAGUAUCUUCUCUCUUAAGGCAUCAAAGAAUUCAUACUGGAGAAAAACUUUAUGAAUGCAGUGAAUGUGGAAAAGGCUUCUCUUACAACUCUGAUCUCAGUAUACACCAGAAAAUUCAUACUGGAGAGAGACACCAUGAAUGCAGUGAUUGUGGCAAAGCAUUUACACAAAAGUCCACGCUCAAGAUGCAUCAGAAGAUUCACACAGGUGAGAGAUCUUAUAUAUGUAUUGAAUGUGGACAGGCCUUCAUACAGAAGACACACUUGAUUGCACACCGAAGAAUCCAUACUGGAGAAAAACCAUAUGAAUGCAAUAACUGUGGGAAGUCCUUCAUUUCUAAGUCACAACUCCAGGUACAUCAACGAAUUCACACAAGAAUGAAACCCUUUAUAUAUACUGAAUAUGGGAAGAUCUUCAACAAUAGUUCCAAUCUCAUUACACAUAAGAAAGUUCAAAUUAGAGAGAAAUCGUCCAUAUGUACUGAAUGUGGUAAGGCCUUUACGUACAGGUCAGAACUGAUUAUACAUCAGAGAAUUCACACUGGGGAAAAACCUUAUGAAUGCAGUGAUUGUGGAAAAGCCUUUACUCAGAAGUCAGCACUCACAGUGCAUCAGAGAAUUCAUACAGGAGAAAAAUCUUACGUAUGCAUGAAAUGUGGACUAGCCUUUAUCCAGAAGGCUCACUUGAUUGCACAUCAAAUAAUUCAUACUGGAGAGAAACCUUAUAAAUGUGGCCACUGUGGGAAAUCCUUUACUUCCAAGUCACAACUCCACGUACAUAAACGAAUUCACACAGGAGAGAAGCCUUAUAUGUGCGCUAAAUGUGGGAAGGCAUUUACCAACAGGUCAAAUCUCAUUACACAUCAGAAAACUCAUACAGGGGAGAAGUCCUAUAUAUGUCCUAAAUGUGGAAAGGCCUUCACACAAAGGUCAGAUUUGAUUACACACCAGAGAAUUCAUACUGGAGAAAAACCUUAUGAAUGUGGUACCUGUGGAAAAGCCUUUACCCAAAAGUCACACCUCAAUAUACACCAGAAAAUUCAUACCGGAGAAAGACAAUAUGAAUGCCAUGAAUGUGGGAAAGCCUUCAAUCAGAAAUCAAUACUUAUUGUGCAUCAGAAAAUUCAUACAGGAGAGAAACCUUAUGUAUGCGGUGAGUGUGGUAGAGCUUUCAUCCGGAAGUCAAACUUCAUUACUCAUCAGAGAAUUCAUACUGGAGAGAAACCUUAUGAAUGCAGUGAUUGUGGGAAAUCCUUCACGUCCAAAUCUCAGCUCCUGGUGCAUCAACCAAUUCACACAGGAGAAAAACCGUAUGUGUGUGCUGUGUGUGGGAAAGCCUUUAGUGGCAGAUCAAAUCUCAGUAAACACCAAAAAACCCAUACAGGAGAAAAGCCCUACAUCUGUUCUGAAUGUGGGAAGACCUUCAGACAGAAGUCAGAGUUGAUUAUACAUCAUAGAAUCCACACUGGAGAGAAACCUUAUGAAUGCAGUGACUGUGGCAAAUCUUUCACUAAGAAAUCACAACUCCAAGUGCAUCAGCGAAUUCACACAGGAGAAAAGCCUUAUGUAUGUGCUGAGUGUGGGAAGGCUUUCACAGACAGGUCAAAUUUGAAUAAACAUCAGACAACACACACUGGAGACAAACCCUAUAAGUGUGUAGUCUGUGGGAAAGGCUUCGUCCAGAAAUCUAACUUUAAAAGCGGUUAUCAACUUACUGUACAUCAGAGAUUUCAUACUGGUGAGAAAACCUAUCAAUGUAGGGAAUGUGGGAAGGCCUUUAUUUAUGCCUCACACAUCAUUCAGCAUGAGAGAAUCCACACUGGCGGGAGGCCUUAUGAAUGUCAGGAAUGUGGGAAGGCCUUUAGUCAAGGUGGACACCUUAGAAUUCAUCAAAGAAUUCAUACUGGUGAGAAGCCCUAUAAAUGUCAGGAGUGUGGGAAGGCUUUUAGUAGGCGCUCAAACCUUGUUGAACAUGGGCAAAUCCAUACUGAUGAGAAACCUUAUGUAUGUGAGAAAUGUGGAAAGGCCUUUAAAAGAGGUCAUCAACUUACUGUACACCAGAGUGUUCAUACUGGUAAAAAACCAUAUGAAUGUAAAGAAUGUGGAAAGGGCUAUACCACUGCCUCAUACCUUAUUCUACAUCAGAGAAUUCAUAAAGGUGGGAAACCAUAUGAAUGUAAGGAAUGUAAGAAAACCUUUACCUUGUAUAGAAAUCUUACUCGACAUCAGUGUAUUCACACUGGCGAGAAACUUUUUGAAUGUAGGCAGUGUGGGAAGGCCUAUACUACUGGCUCAAAACUUUUUCAACAUCAGAAAACUCACACAGGUGAGAAGCCUUAUGAAUGUAAGGAAUGUGGAAAAGCCUUUAGCUUAUAUGGAUACCUUCAUCAACAUGAGAAAAUUCAUACUGGUGUGAAACACUUUGAAUGUAAGGAAUGUAAAAAAGCCUUUACUUUGUCUAGAAAUCUUAUUCGACAUCAGAGUAUUCAUACUGGUAAGAAACUUUUUGAAUGUCAGGAAUGUGGGAAGGCCUAUAGUACUGGCUCAAACCUUAUUCAACAUCAGAAAACCCAUACUGGUGAGAAACCCUAUGAAUGUAAAGAGUGUGGAAAGACCUUUAGUUUGCAUGGGUAUCUUAAUCAACAUCAAAAAAUUCAUACUGGUGUGAAACCCUAUGAGUGUAAAAUAUGUAGGAAAACCUUUACUUUCUAUAGAAAUCUAACUCUACACCAGAGUAUUCAUACUGAUGAGAAACCUUUUAGAUGUAAGGAAUGUGGGAAAACCUUUAGACGUAGUUCACACCUUACUGCACAUCAGAGUAUCCAUGCUGAUAAGAAACCCUAUGAAUGUACGGAAUGUGGGAAAUCCUUUAAAAUGUAUGGAUACCUUACACAGCAUCAGAAAAUUCAUACUGGUGGGAAACCCUAUGAUUGUAAGGAAUGCGGGAAGACCUUUAGUCGUGCUUCAAACCUUGUUCAACAUGGGAGAAUUCAUACUGGUGAAAAACCCUACGUGUGUAAGAAGUGUGGAAAAGCCUUCAGAUAUGGUUCAGCCCUUAAAGCACAUCAGGGAAUGCAUACAGAUAAUGAAACUCUAAGAACAUAAGGAAUGUGAGAAUGCCUUUAGGUAUGGCCCAAACUUUUUUAAUAUCAGCCAGUUCACACUGGUGAGAAAUUAUUGAAUGUUAGUCUUUAUAGGUAUGUCUUCACCAAAUGAGAGAAUUCAUAAUAUAGUUAUGAUUUCAGUGUCACUCCUGUUUUAAUGGAAUAUCUGACUAUUUAAACAAUGGCAAAUUAAACCCUGAAUAGCCAAAGCAGUCUUGAAAAAGAACAAAACUGGAGGUAUCACAAUCCCAGAUUUCAAGAUAUACUACAAAGCUGUAGUAAUCAAAGCAGUAUGGUACUAGCAUAAAAACAGACACAUAGGUCAAUGGAACAGAAUAAAGAACCCAGAAGUAAACCCAUGACUAUAUGGUCAAUUAAUCUUCAACAGAGGAGGCAGAAAUAUGCAACUGAAAAAAAAAACCAGUCUCUUCAAUAAAUGAUGUUGGGGAAACUGGACUACUUUCUUACACGAUACACAAAAAUAAACUCAAAAUGGAUUCAAGACCUAAAUGUGAGAUAGGAAACGAUUAAAAUUUUAGAAGCCAGCAUAGGCAGUAAUUUCUCUGACAUCAUCUGUAGCAACAUUUUUCUAGAUAGGUCCCCUGAGGGAAGGGAAGCAAAAACAAAAACUAUUGAGAUUACAUCAAAAGAAAAAGCUUUUGGGGUGCUUGGGUGGCUCAGUCGGUCAAGCAUCCAACUUUGGCUCAGGUCAUGAUCUCACAGUUUGUGAGUUCAAGCCCCAUGUCGGGCUCUGUGCUGACAUCUUGGAGCCUGGAGCCUGCUUCGGAUUCUGUGUCUCCCUCUCUCUGCCCCUCACCUUCUUUUGCUGUGUCUCUCAGGAAUAAAAAAACAUUAAAAAAAAUUUUUUUUAAUAAAAGCUUUUGCACAGCAAAGGAAACAGUCAACAAAACUAAAAGGCAACCUACUGAAUGGGAGAAGAUAUUUGCAAAUGACAUAUCCGAUAAAGGGUUAGUACCCCCAAAAUAUAAAAAUUUACAGAACACACACACACAAUCUAAUUAAAAAAUGAGAAGACAUGAACAAACAUUUCUCCAAGGAAGACAAAAUGACCAACAGACAUAUGAAAAGAUGCUCAACAUCACUCAUCAUCAGGGAAAUGCAAAACAAAACCACAAUGAUAUACCAUGUCACAACUGUCAAGAUGGCUAAAGUCAGCAACAUAAGAAAUAGCAAAUAUUGGUGAGGAUGUGGAGAAAAAGGAAACCUCAGGCACUGUGGUGGCAAGGCAAACUGGUGUAGCCACUGAAGAAAACAGUAUGGAGUUUCCAGAAAAAAUUAAAAAUAGAAUUAACAUAGCACCCAGUAUUUUCACUACUGGAUAUUUACCCAAAGAAUACAAAAACACUAAUUCGAAAAGAUGUAUGCACCCCAUGUUUAUUGCAGCAUUAUUUACAAUAGCCAAACUAUGAAAGUGGCCCACGUGGCCAUCAACUGAUGAAUGGAUAAAGAUGAUGUGGGCAUAUCUACAGUGGAAUAUUACUCAGCCAUAAAAAAAGAAUGAAAAUUUUGCCAUUUGCAAUAACAUGGAUCUACAGGAUAUAAUGCUAAGUGAAAUAAGUCAGAGAAAGACAUACCAUAUGAUUUCACUCAUAUGUGAAAUUUAAGAAACAAAACAAGGGGCACCUAGGUGGCUCAAUUGGCUAAGCAUUCAACUCUUGAUCUCUGCUCAGGUUACCAUCUCAUGAGAUCAAGCCCUGUGUCAGACUCUGCACUGACAGCACAGAGCCUGCUUGGGAUUCUUUCUCUGCCCCUCCCCAGCUUGCACAUGCUCUCUCUCUCAAAACAAAAUAAAUAAACUUAAAAAAAUAAGAAACAGAUGAAGAAAAAAAUAGACAAACCAAAAAACAGACUCUUAACUAUAGAGAACAAACUGAUGGUUACCACUGUGGGGAGUAGGGGAGAAUGGAUAAAACUGGUGAAGGGGACCAAGAGUACACAGAUCAUGAUGAGUACUGAGUAAUCUAUAGAAUUGUUGAAUCACUAUAUUGUACACCUGAAGGUAAUAAAACACUAUGGUAAUUAUACUGUAAAAAUUUAUUUUU